AAUCGCCGUGAAACAAGUCUUCUAUCAACCAACACAUCAUCUUAUAAUGCUGAGUGAAAAGACACCAGGAAGAACUCAAUUGGCAUCAUCUACACCCGAGUUUGCUCAACUCGAGUACGACCUUCAACUCACCCUUCAUGCAUCCACUGUUCGUAUUGUUGCUGCUUACGCUAUAUCCAACCCGCACGUUUCAGUUCAAUUUGAACGACGUUCAAAGGAUAUUCUUGUACUUCCUUCGUGGGUUGAUGCAUCGUCGUUUGGAGGAAUUAAUACCGAGGAGGAUAUCGUGCGUAGAGGGUUUCGGUUUCCUCCUCCUACUCAAGGCCUUAAAUUCACUGUUGGUAGCAUCAACCGUCCUCUUGAAAACGGUGUAGAUACUCUACAUGCGAAUGCAGGAGCCACGCAAGGAAAAACACUGAGAAAGGCUAUGUUAUGCAUGGUGGCUGUUGGUAGAUCGUUUGUAGCCGACGAAGGAGCAGCCGAAAGCGAUGUUGUUCCUGAUGGAUACGAUAGUUUUCACAUUCAAGAUCCAACCAUACUGGCUAGCGAUCAGCCUUUUAAUAAAGUUUAUGAACAUACAUACUAUAUCAAGAAUCCUGCUCAGGUGCUUCCACAGUAUAUUGUACAUUAUGAGUUUGAUCCAGUAAAGGAAAAGCAAUCAAGAGAGAAAGCAAUCUGUGACAAUUGUGAGGAUGAAUUAGCAACCAUGUAUUGUUCAGCUGAUGCAGCAAAUCUUUGCAACAAGUGCGAUCUUGCUCUUCAUCAAACUAAGCUUGCUAGCAGACAUGUUAGAUCCGCCAUUGGUCAGGGUGCGGACGUAUUUGGAAACUGUCGUCAUCAUCCAGACAAAGCCAUCGAGUUUUUUUGUUCUCUGUGCCAUAUCCCUGUUUGUGUGUUUUGUAAAAUGGUUGGAAACCACGCCAACGGUGAGGCAGCACGUCACCAACUGGUUAGCGUGACUGAAGCUUACCAAUCUGUUUUGCAAGAAGCUCAAGUUCCGGAUCCCAUUCUACAAUCUCGCCGCACAGAGAUAUCUAACCAUAUUAGUGCAGUGAAUUCCCGCGCUCAAGCUGUCGAAAAAAUGGGAUCGCAGAUUGAACAGCAAGUUGAAGAAAUGUACCAACGAGCGAUGCGAGAACUUAAAUCCAUUAUUCAAUCCAAAUUGAUCAUUUUAUUAGGGGAUGAGCUGGAAUUAAAGCGUCAAAUUUCAGAAAUUGAUCGUCUUGAAGAUUUUUUAAAAUACCAGCAGUUUGGUGAUGCUACUACCUAUUUGUUUAGUUGGUCUAGACACCAACACUUUCGUGCUGCGCUCCACGAUUUUAAAUUUUUCCGUAAUGAAAUUGACGUUCAGUUGGAUGCCAAGGUUGCUGGUAAUAUUUCGGUUGUUGUUGACCAAGACAAACACCAAAACAUCAUGCUUCCACCAUUACCUCAUCAACAGCAGUCUCAACAGCUUCAAUUGCAACAAGGAACACAAAUUCAACAGAAUAUGGGUAAUUCAGGGAUGCUAGGAAUGGGGAUGCCUCAUAAAAUGCAAAUGCAGUCUCAUCAACGCCGUGUUCAGCGUAGAACUUCUGAUUUUUUUGCGGAAGCACUGGGUGGAUUUGAUCAGAUGCAUAUCAACCAAGGCAGCGUAUUAGAUGAAGACGAUUUAGAUCAUAUGGUUGGAACAUACCGUCACGAUUGA